AUCAUGUCACAAAGGCAGUGCCACACAACACUCCGCCCCAUCACAACACCUGGGUGAGCUCUGGAGCCCACAGGGACACUCGUGGGACCAUGGGGGAGAGCAAAGGCCAACAGCUGCCACACACCAUCUAUUAAACCUUUCAAAUCCUGGGGGAAAUCCCCAGCCUCACUUAAGCCUGUUGGUAUCACACAUCAUGCCAAGAAGCAGCACAGGAGACAAGCUCCUCCGUGAGCUGGGCUACAGGCUGGGUCACACAUUAGGGGAGGGCAGCUUCUCCAAGGUGAAAGUGGCCACCUCCAACAAGUACAAGGGCCCCUUGGCCAUCAAGGUGGUGGACCGACGACGGCUCCCCUCAACCGUCACGUACAAGUUUCUGCCCCGGGAGCUCUCCAUCGUGCGCAAGAUCCGGCACCCCAACAUCGUGCACAUCUUCGAGGUCAUCGAGCUCUGCAAUGGGAAGCUCUAUGUGGUGAUGGAGGCAGCAGCCACCGACCUGCUGAAGCUGGUGCAGCAGCUGGGGAAGCUGCCCUGUGUCCCCAGGGCCCGGGACAUCUUUGCACAGGUGGUGGGGGCCGUGUCCUACCUGCACGACCGCGACUUGGUGCAUCGGGACCUCAAGUGCGAGAACGUGCUGCUCAGCGCCGAUGGCCGCCGGGCCAAGCUCAGUGACUUUGGGUUUAGCAAGGAGGUCAACGGCCACCCAGACCUGAGCGCCACAUUCUGUGGGUCAGCAGCCUAUGCGUCCCCGGAGGUGCUGAUGGGCAUCCCCUACGACGCCAAGAAGCAUGACGUGUGGAGCCUGGGGGUGAUGCUUUACGUGAUGGUGACCGGUUGCCUGCCCUUUGACGACACCUACAUCUGCAGGUUUCUCUGGCAGCAGAAGAAAGGGGUGGUGUACCCCGAGGGCCUGCCCCUGCCACCGCAGCCCUGCCAAGCCCUCAUCGCCCAACUGCUGCGGUUCUGCCCGGCCUCCCGGCCUGGCGCUGCGCAGGUGGCCAAGAACCCCUGGCUGAGAGGCACAUCUGAGUGAGGAGCCACCCCGAGAGAUGCCAGGAGAGCAGGAACACUCUACUGCAGCCAAUGCUGUGUGCUGGCCGGAACCACGUUAUACUCAACAUUUGCUCACAUGAGAAAUCCCUGUCCCAGAGGUGCCCGCUGGUGCCCAUGACCAGCUCCCAUGGAACACCUUAUGUUCAACUACAUCUUUCAGAUAUCGAUUCUUACCAACGUUUGAAGUCUCUGCCAGAGAUGGCUGAUGAGAAAGAAAUGCCACUGGCUGUGGAGAACCUGAAAUGGCAGUGAAAUAGAGAGAUAAAGGAGACUGCUUUGAUAACACACGCUGUCCAGCUUCAACAUAGAAAACCACCAAUUACUCCGAACGCAACACCCAAAAUCUACUACAGGUUCCUACUGGUAAGUCUCGUUGUCAAGGGUUAAUUAAAGCAAGGAGCUGGCAUCUGAAAUGUGCUUUCACGAGACUUUUUGAAUCCUCUUUAAACAGUCUCCACUCUAG